AUGGGCUUUUACUAUGCCGCAUUAAGACGCGUUCUUUUUGCUGCAGCACAACCUCGAGUCUCAAUAAUAAAUAGUAUACCAAGACCUUCAAAAAGUCAUUUACUUAGCCAAGAGACGCAAGUUUGUUAUUAUCCAUUAGUUGCGAAAAUUGGAUGCUUAAUACAACUGAAGUAUCAAACACGCUCAUUCGCGUCAAAAAAGAAACAAGGAAAAGGAGGGAAAAAGGGGAAAAAAGGGCACGAAAGCAGUGAUAGUGAUGACGAUUACGAAGAGGAAGAGGAGGAAAAAGAGACUUCUGACGUCGUAAAAGAUAAAAAAGCAAAAAGAGAGAAAGCUAAAGAAUCCAAAAAAAGCGUGGCUUCAUCAACUCCAGCUAAAACAACAACAGCAACAGCAACGAAAGAAAAAACAAAAACCGGUACAAAUGGUGACGAUAAUAAUGAAGGAAAAUUGGAUUUAAGUAAAUUGGAAAUCAAAAUGAAUGGUAUAGUGGAUCGACUAAAAAAAGAGUAUAGUACAAUGAGAUUAGGACGUGCAAAUCCUGCUAUCCUUGAUCCUGUGACUGUUCCUUAUGAAGGUGGUCAUGCACCGUUAAAAGAUAUUGCGCAAGUGACCAUAAAGGAUCCACAAAAUUUGAUGGUGAAUGUUCACGAUGAAGAGUUAAUAGAAGAUGUCCAAAAAGCAAUUCUAGCCGCGAAUCUCAAUUUAACUCCAAUACUAGACGGAAAAGGAAUUACGACGGAAUAUCGGGAGGAAAUGGUAAAAGUCGCGUCAAAAAUCGCCGAGAAUUCAAAGAUUAAAUUACGAAGUAUAAGACAAGAUGGGUUUAAAGAUUUGAAGAAUGAUACACGGCAAAAGUAUUUUACCAUGGAUGAAUCCGCGAAAAUGGAAAAGAAGGUUCAAGCAAUUGUCGAUAAAACUUCUAAAACCAUCGAUGAAGUAUUGAAAGCAAAAACCAAAGAAAUAUCUGGAAUAUAG